UUUCUUUGCAACGGGAGAGAGGGGUCGUGAGACCUGUUGGGACCACUAGCACUUCAGAACACAACCGCGCGUGACAUACUAUCUAUCAACUGCACAACAAAACUCAUCAAAAUGGUUCUCUGCUGCGGAAGACCAAAGGUUGACAUCCCGGCCGUCACCAAGCCAAUCGAAAGGGAGGCAACGAAACCCGAGCUCGUCAAGCCAACGGAGAAGGUGAGCCAAGUCAAUGUCCCGGCGUCUCCGCUCCCCGUGGACACCACUUUUGAGAAGAGCGUGGAUAAGGAUGUCGUUCAGGAAGUGACCAACUUUUCCGCACCGGUGAAGGACGAGAAGAGUGGUAUUGGUUUGUUCCACUGAUGUAGUACUAUUUUGAGUUUCACGAACUAUUAUCUUCUCGCCAACUUAUGCCAACUUGAAACUUUUCCCGCAUCUGCAUGCCAAAACUCAUGUUCUCCGGGAAGAGUCUGGUCAUGAUUUGAAAAAAAGAUCGAAAAGAUACGCAAGCGGAGCCGGAGGAGGAAGAGGAGAACAAAAUCCUGGACGUGAACGAGCCGGUCGAAGUGCCCGCUGUGGAGGAGCCAGUGGUCGAGCUCAAGGAGCCCACGCCAAUCGUCGAGGUCGCGGCCGAGGAACUGAUCGUCGAGGAGAAAAACGUGAUUGAGACGCCGAAGGAAGAGGAGCCGGUGCUGACCUUCGAGUAUCCUGUGCAAAUUUAAUAUCGUACUAACUAUGUUUUAAAAAUUGCAACUAGUAUCCUGCAUGAAAGGGAUCUUGUCUAAGAAGCUACAGCAGCGUCACAAAAUUUCUUUUGUCAGCAAAUUUUUGUAAGAAUGCAGUUUAUGUAUAGUACUAGUGCGAUAUGCUUUUGCGCUGCAUAUCGAGGAAAAGCGGGCGAUUUUUGACAAGAAGGAAGAGGAAAUCGUCGUGGUCGAGGAAGAAAAAAUCAUCGAAGUCGCGGACGUACCCUGUGUAAAAGUUGUAUCGUGCUCGUACCAAAAAUCGCAAUACUGCAUGACAGAUGUAAACUUUCUAUCUGAUUCGGCAUGACAAAUUCUACUUUUCUGAUUCUGUACCAAGAAUUUGUGAUGCAGUAUUACGAUCACCACCAGCACGGCACAACUCUUGCGAUGCAUAGGACGUGGAGCCGAUCGUGAGCGCGGCGUCACCUGCUUCUCCGGUCGUGCCGCACCUCUUCGCUGGGAUCACCGGCUUGAACUUCAGCGGUUUGUACCACCUGAAUACGGGAAUCCAGACGCCCCGGAUGGCCGUCAGCGUCCCCCAGAUCGAGCUGGAUAUGCAUUGCAAAUAUGUCUGGGUCUGGAACAGUGCAACUUGUGAUGCUGCAUUUGGACGCUAAAAAAAAUCUGUAUUGCAUGAGCAGCAACAGCAGUCAAAUUUGGUUACACGGGUAGGGCUUUUUCAUGCGAAAUGCGCAUCGAUAAGCGCUCACGAAAUUAUCUGUGAUGCUAGGGCAUACAUAACAGACAUCGUGGACCAUGGAAAAUGUGCAUGAUAAACUUGUCCUCUUCCAGACCCAGACAUAUUUGCAUUUGAUACUGGACACCGGGGCACCAAAGGUGAGCGCUUCCUUCACGCCCCUGCGAAUGCCCAACUUGCAGAUCAGCGGACUUGGUAUAGACAUACGUACUACGAAAUUGAUGUUUCUUGUUGUGGAGAAGUUUUUGGUCCGGCAUGUUAGUUUUACUGAGGACAAAAAACUUGCGAGAAAAAUGUUGCGGCGUAUUUUGAGCUCGAUGUUGGUGCUGUGCUGCGCACGCGGGGGCGUUUGAUGAUGACUGACGAAAAAAAUGAAACAGGCGUCUUUGCGGCUCCGAAGAACUACUUCGGUGAACAUGGUAAGCGUUUAGAAAUGCUUCAGUGCAUCGUGUAAUUUGUAAGCAGCAGGUCUUUAUUAAUCCGGCGCAUGAAGCUUGUAGAGGAGUAUGAGUAUCAUCAUUAUCAUCUUGCUAGCAUGGGGUAAGUAGUUCUGACCAGCAAGCUGAAGGACCCCACUCUAAACUUUGCCUCUCAACAAUAGCCGUGAUGCGCACUCCGUCCGUGUCCCUGACCCCGAUCGCGUCUCUGGCGGCCGCGACCCCGGUGGCUAUGCAUUGCAAACAUGUCUGGGUCUGGAAAAUUGUGAUGCUAAUACAUGCAUCAAAAACUGAUUCCAGUACGCAGCUACGCAUGAGAAGUUUCUGAGCGGUUAAGUCAUGCGUGUCCCGCAUGAGAAAUUGCGUUCUUGCAUGACAGAGGGUUGCCGCUAUUGCACAACAUGCAUCACAGAGUUCAGGGGUAUGCGAGUUCAGCAAUACAAAUCUCGCAAUCUUCCAGACCCAGACAUAUUUGCAUUUGAUAGUGGUGCAGGUGCUGCAAAAGGUGGAGGCCCAGGUGGUCCGGGCCCCGGAGUCCAACCGCAAUUCGCCCGUCGACGCGCCGUAUCAAAUGCAAAAAUGUCUGGGUCUGGAAGGAUGCAAGGUUUGUCAUGCACAUUUUGCAUGACUCCUGAUGUCUGCGAUGCAUGCCCUAGCAUCACAGAUCUUAUGAGGGCUUUCCGAUGCCCCUUCCGCAUGAGAAAUGCCCUCUCGCCGGGGCCAAAACCAGACCUCUUUUGCUGUUCAUGCAAUACAGAUUUUUGGAUAAUGCAGACGCAGCAUCACAAGUUGCAUUCUUCCAGACCCAGACACUUUUACAUUUGAUACGCCGGCAGGUAAUGAGAUCACCGUGGAGGCCGCCGAGGUCGCUCCGCUCGAAGAAGAAGAACCGGUUGCCGCGGAGGCGGAGGCGGAAGUCGAUGCCGAAGAGGAAGCCGAUGUCGAGGCGACCCCCACCCUGGAGAUCGUCGAGGGCGAAGCCACCCCGAUGCCUAUUAUCAAGUGUAAAAUUGUCUGGGUCUGGAAAAGUGUAAACUUGUCAUGCAGAUUUUCCAUGACCCAUGAGGUCUGGAAUGCGGGACUUAGCAUGACAGACUCUGCGAGGUCUCUGCCAUGCCAGUCCUGCAUGAGAAACUCCCUUCCGUCUUGGUCAAAAGUGGACAGCUUUUGGCACUCAUGCAACACAGAUUUUAGCAUGAUUCGGAUUUAGCAUGACAAGUUGCAAUCUCCCAGACCCAGACAUAUUUGCAAUGCAUACCUAUCGAAUUUUCUUGAAAGGACUUGUUCUAGUCCGCCCAAACGCAGUUUGAUGUGCGCAGUUUUUUGUUCCUGCAUAUUCAUAAAGAAUGUUGCGCAUGAUGAGUACUACUUAGAAGUGGCCUCCUUCGUUUAACUAAACUGCAUCAAAAUUUAUUAUGUGUUCGGGAAGAACGACUGCUGCCCUUUUUCUGGUGCAUAAGUGCCAUCGAAGAGUUUGUGGAGGAUGAGGUCAGCGAGCCCGCUGCCGUGGAGGCGGAAACCGUCAAGGAAGAGUUAUCAAAUGCAAAAAUGUCUGGGUCUGGAACAAAGCAACUGGUCAUGCUAAAUCUGAAUCAUGUAAAAAUCUGUGUUGCAUGAUUGCCAAAAGCUGUCCACCGCGAGGCAGUUUCUCAUGCAGGAUAGGCAUGAUAGAACCUUCACAGAAUCUGUCAUGCUAUGUCCUACAUACCAGACCUCGUCGAUCAUGGAAAACCUGCGUGACAAGUCUGGCACUCUUCCAGACCCACACAUUUUUGCAGUUGAUAAGAGUAA